ACAACACGGCGUCUGUCCUGACUCAGCGUGGCGUUUUGCAGCGGGAACAACUGCUUCACUUCCUGCCAGUGGUGAUUUCAGACGGCGAGACUCCACCCCUCAGCAGCACCAACACGCUGACCAUCACCGUCUGCAACUGCGACGCCAACGGAAACCGCCGCUCCUGCAGCCCAAGGGCAUCACCACUGCUGGUGGAUGGCCUCAGCACGGCCGCUGCCGUCCUCGCCUGUGUCCUCACAUCGCUGGGUGUUUUCAUGGUGACGGUUGCUGUGAGACGCAGGAGCAGGGAGCCUCUGGUGAUGGACGAUGAGCGAGACAUUCGUGAGAAUAUCGUUCGUUACGAUGAUGAAGGCGGCGGUGAGGAAGACACUGCUGCCUUCGACAUGUUCGCUCUGAGACACCUGAACACCAAACAACCGCCGCCACUCUGUGACACCCUCGUCCUACCGCUGCCACUCGUCAGUGAAUCACCAGAGCUGGAGACGGACAGGAAGCUGCUGUUCCAAGAGUUCAUCAGAGACAGACUGCAGGAGGCGGACGAGGACCUGACGGCGCCGCCCUACGACUCGCUGCAGACCUACGCCUUCGAGGGCAGCAGGUCGGCUGCCGACUCACUCAGCUCAUUAAACUCGUUAAACUGGUCAGAUGAGUCUGAGCACAACUACGACUUCCUGCGGGGGUGGGGGCCGCGGUUCAGGAAGCUCGCUGACCUGUACGGACGCCAGGAGGGGGGCGGGGCCACCUCGUAG